UUAAAAGCGGAGCGCCCGGGCCGCUGCACUCAUGCUGCAGCCAUGAGCCCCACUCGGCUCCCUGGUGAUCGCGACCGCGGGCGUGGGCGCCGAGCUCUGGCCAUGCCGCUGAAACACUACCUCCUCCUGCUGGUGGGCUGCCAGGCCUGGGCAGCCGCCUCAGCCUCCUAUGGCUGCCCCAGCGAGUGCACCUGCUCCCGCACCUCACAGGUGGAGUGCACGGGCGCGCGCAUCGUGGUGGUGCCCACACCCCUGCCCUGGAACGCCAUGAGCCUGCAGAUCCUCAACACGCACAUCACCGAGCUCAGCGAGGCCCCGUUCCUCAACACCUCGGCCCUGGUCGCCAUGCGGAUCGAGAAGAACGAGCUGUCCAGCAUCCUGCCUGGGACCUUCCGCAACCUGGGCUCGCUGCGCUACCUCAGCCUGGCCAACAACAAGCUUCAGGUCCUGCCCGUCGGUCUCUUCCAGGGCCUGGACAACCUCGAGUCACUGCUGCUGUCCAGCAACCAGCUGGUGCAGAUCCAGCCGGCCCACUUCUCGCCGUUCAGCAACCUCAAGGAGCUGCAGCUGCAUGGGAACCACCUGGAGUACAUCCCCGAUGGCGUCUUUGACCACCUGGUGGGGCUCACCAAGCUCAACCUGGGCAAGAACAGCCUCACCCACCUGUCACCGCGUGUCUUCCAGCACCUGGGCAACCUGCAGGUGCUGCGGCUGUAUGAGAACAGGCUGGCCGACAUCCCUGUGGGCACCUUCGAUGGGCUGGGCAGCCUGCAGGAGCUGGCCCUGCAGCAGAACCAGAUCGGGGCUCUGUCGCCUGGGCUCUUCCACAACAACCGCAACCUGCAGCGGCUCUACCUGUCGAACAACCACAUCUCCCAGCUGCCGCCUGGCAUCUUCAUGCAGCUGCCCCAGCUCAACCGGCUCACGCUGUUCGGCAACACCCUCAAGGAGCUGUUGCCGGGCAUCUUCGGGCCCAUGCACAACCUGCGCGAGCUCUGGCUCUACGACAACCACAUCACCACCCUGCCCGACAAUGUCUUCAGCAACCUGGACCAGCUGCAAGUGCUGAUCCUCAGCCGCAACCAGAUCACCUUCGUCUCCCCCGGCGCCUUCAAUGGGCUCACGGAGCUCCGCGAGCUGUCGCUGCACACCAACGCGCUGCAGGACCUGGACGGGAGUGUGUUCCGCGCGCUGGCCAAUCUGCAGAACGUCUCCCUGCAGAACAACCGCCUCCGCCAGCUCCCGGGCAACCUCUUCGCCCACAUCAAUGGGCUCAUGACCAUCCAACUGCAGAACAACCAGCUGGAGAACCUGCCGCUGGGCAUCUUCGACCACCUGGGCAACCUGUGUGAGCUGCGGCUCUACGACAACCCCUGGAGGUGCGACGCAGACAUCCUGCCGCUCCGCAACUGGCUCCUGAUCAACAGGGCCCGGCUGGGCACCGACACCCUCCCGGUGUGCUCCAGCCCGGCCAACGUCCGAGGCCAGUCCCUCAUCAUCAUCAACGUCAAUGUCGCCAUCCCCAGCGCCCAGGCCCCGCCCGUCCCCGAGGUGCCCAUCUACCCGGAAACGCCACGGUACCCGGACACACCCGGCUAUCAUGACAUCACGUCCGUCUCCACCACCACGGAGAUCACCAGCGCUGUGGACGACUCCACCGACCUGACCACCACCGGGGGCACCGGCGCCCGGGAUACGGACAGCACGAGCGGGCUGGCCAUCGCCGCCAUCGUCAUUGGCAUCGUGGCCCUGGCCUGCUCCCUCGCUGCCUGCAUCUGCUGCUGCUGCUGUAAGAAGAGGAGUCAGGCAGUCAUGAUGCAGAUGAAGGCCCCCAACGAGUGUUAGGGGGGCUGGGCAGGAGCGGGCUUCGUGGGCAGGGCCUGGGACUGUGACCGUUCUGCCCGCGGCCCUGGGCCAUGCAGUAGCCCGGCUUCCUGGGAGAAGCAGUCUGGCAGGACUUUGUCCCCCAGCGAGACCCACUGGGCCAUGGGGGAGUCUGGGGGAUCCCCAGGGCACAUGCUCGGUCCCCACCUUCUCUCCAAGAACAGCUGUCUCCGCCCGGGCCCCACGCGGUGCCGGCAGAGCCCGCUGGCUGGCUUUGGGUCGGUCCUGGGAACAGCCCCUCCUCAGGUUCCGGAAGUCCACCUCCCUGCUCUUCUCUCCUGCCUGCUGGCGUGAUGCUGUCCCCUCAGAUGAAAAUUCUGCCCUUGAUUUUCUGCCUCUCAAGGCAGAGUGGGCUCUCUCCCCAGGAGGGCCCAGAACCAGGCUGCCGGUUUCUUCCGAGCUGGGCAGUGCUCUGGCUCGAAGGCUGCUGGGCACAACAGCAGCAGGAAGCCCGGCCACCUGCCUCCUGGCACGGCGCUGGCCUCUGCUUCUAUCUGGUGAUUGUUACCUGGAGCAGGAGCGAAGCCACCGAUUCAACACACUCGGCCUUGUAGAGAAUUUCCAAACUUGGAAAAUGUUAGCCUUUACGGAAUAAAAUGAUUUAGAGUUUCUGACUUCUAAAAACA